UGAGCUACUCGCUCGCACCUCGGCCGCUACAUGAACACAAGAAGAGGAGCCGACACUGGCUAACCGUGGUAGCUAACAUGGCUCCAGCAGCAGGACGCGGACGAGUCCCGAUGUCCCGAGGCUGUGAGUGAAUAACCUGCUGCUCCUGCAACAGACAGUGGCGCGUGGAGCCACAUCACCGGUGGUUAUGGACAAAACGUUCAGCCAGUGGAAGAAGCAGUGUGUGAACAAGCUGGACCAGAGUAAGAAGGGCUCUGUGGACCAGGACAUCACACAUGUCGUGUCCCUGCUCAACAGCCGAGAGGAGUUCUUCACCACCAGCUCCUGCUCCGGGAGAACCAUCCUCAUCGACGGGGGUCCAGAGAGCAGUGGUGUCCAGAAACAGAACCGUACCUGGUUGUUUGUGUCACAUCAACAGUGCACCCCCGAUGACCUGAGGUCCUGUCUGGAGAAGUCCACCGGAGACGCUGUGUUGAAGUUCGAGCCCUUCGUUCUCCACGUCCAGUGCAGGAGGUUAGAAGAUGCACAGCUCAUGCACUCAGUGGCCAUCAACUCAGGCUUCAGGAACUCUGGCCUCACUGUCGGCAAGGCAGGAAAGAUAAUCACGGCGGUCCGUAGCACCCAUGGCCUGGAGGUACCUCUGACCCAUGAAGGAAAACUCUUGGUUGGACAUGAGUACCUCAAUUUCCUUUCUCAGACAGCCAAUCAGAAGAUGGAGGAGAACCUUAGACGGAUCAACAGGUUCUACCAGAACCUUCAGUCAGCUCUGAUGACAGAGCAACUACAGAAACUACAACUCCCAGAUCCUCCCAGCUCACAGGAACCACAACAUCCCCCUAACAGGCUGGAGACAGAAAAAGACGAGAAGAACAAAACAAGUGUGUAUAAACGGAGGCGGAAGAGACAACAUCAGACUGAUUGUUGCCAUGGUGACGGAUCCAGUAGUGUGGAAGAGCCAGAUGUCUGUCUGGAUCUAUUAACAUGAAGUGGUGGCUCUGCACACGUGCCAACUUGCUUAGCGUGUCGUCGUCUGGUUGAGAGUGUCUUUGUGAAGGCUUUACUGCUGAUUUUGUUUUUAAGAGAGGAGGGGCUUUCGCUACACAGCUGAACUGCCCUGGAGCAGCUUUUUAGUCAGAGGAUUUGUUUGAAAUGUGUCCGCUCACUGGAACAGUAAAGCCUUCAUUUCCUCACCACCCUAAUAUUGGCUAAGCUGCUACAAUGAUGUAAUAAACACAUAUUUUUAUACUUCA